AUGUCUUCUGUUGAAAUGGUUUCUGCAAGUGCCAUCAAUUUUAAGGUACCAUACCAAAUUCUGAGGCAUGAUGGCCCUUUAUCUGAUGAUGAGAGAGAUGAGAGGGUGAGCCUAAGGCCUAAGAAGUGGGGCAGGCUUAGAGGGGUGCCCUUGAGGAGAAGGUUGAGGGUCAAAGUGGGAAGUUGGAGGAAGGUUUGGAUGAUGAAAAAAGUUAUGCUUCUGUGUUCUAAGGUGAAGAGAAGGUUCAAAGAGGGACAUGGUCAUUUUGGUGACCUAUUUGCUGGGAACUAUGUCUUCACUCAAAUCAACCCAACAUCACUCAAGUAUCUUCAAAACAAGCUUUCUCAAGCAAAAAUUGUUUGA